GUAAGAAAAUCCCAGAAUUUGCUGCACGCACGCUGCCCUUCCCUGCAUUUAAACAGGAAUAUAAUUAGCAGUAUCUGCUGUCAAGAUAAUUGCAUUGUAUCGUGGAACUUAAACACUAAUCUCCUGCCUGGUGACUGGCUGCCCAGCAGUGAAUGUGCCAGAGUCAGCAGGAUGGUGUGUUUGACUGCGACGAGGAGGCGUUUGGGCCUGCAGCACCUCUCCAUAUUGUUCUCUAUCAGCGGCACAACAAAAAGGGGGCUUCUGCAGCAAAACGCAGCCGGGAGCAGCACCGAUCGGCAGACAGUCGGGGCAGGUCAGAGGGGUGCUGCUGCUGCUGCAAGCUGGUCAGUCACGCAAAUGUUUUUGCUGUUUUCAUUUUGUUGGCCCCGUUCUGCUCAGAUUUGACUAAAAACAAUGAGCAGCGACAGUGAAGCCUGUCGGUCCGAAACCCUACAGGCCGCAGCCUCACAGACACCUGACUCUCAGAGUGAGACGCCCAGAUCCAGACAGGAGCAAGAGGAAAAACUGAUCCUGGCUGCAUGGCGAACCAUGCAGCAGAGCCUCUCUGAGAAGGAGCCUGCAGCUCCAGGUCUUCCUCAGUCUUUCCUGGCCAAGCAGAGGCGCUCCACCCAGGCUAGGAGGGCCCGCUCCGCCCGCCCGGAGCCCCGAACUAAACCUCUUGGCGUUCACAAAACCAGAUGUUUGCAGUUUGUUGCUGACUUCAGGACCCUGUGAACUCUGACCCCAUGCUCACGCU